UGUUCAUUCAGUGAUUAGGGAAAUUCCUAAUCUCUGUGUUUAUGCAGUGCAGGGUCAGCUGUGUUAUUCUCACUUCCACAAAUAAAUCUGUAUUACGUCACAUGCUUCAAAGCUUGACAUUCAGACGUCGGACCUCUGGUCAUACUCGUCGAUUAAUUUGAAUGUUUAAUCGUUAUGGCGCAGUUGUGGUGCGUGUUAGGGGUUUUGUUAGUAUGUGUUAAUUAUUCAUUUUGCGUGCAAAUUAAAUUGAUCGCUAAGGAAAGUGAAUUAUAUAAUGAAACAAUCCAACUAGUUUUGCAUAUUUUGAGAAAUGAUUCUGAUGGGUUUUCAUCUGCAACAAUUUCAACUUUAAAUGCCAGCGGAGAUGCUUCUCCAGAUGAAAACACCGUGAUCCAGCUGGAUGUCCACGACACCUGCUACAGGAAUGUUUCGUCCGUCUGCGAGCCGCUCUCCGCCAUCUGCGAGCUGAACAUCGGCCCUGGCAGCGAGGAAGACAUCAGAGCACGCGUGGAUGAGGGGUUGAAAUGUGCAGAGAAGGAGCCUGUGCCCUUCCUGCCGGCCGGGGACCAAGGCUUCGUCGACGUCGAUGACGUAGAAGGAGAAGCGCGAGACAUUGCCGAGUACGCGAUCAGGCAGCUGGAGGAAGGCCGGGCUCAGAGGAGGAGCAUCCUCGACAUCAUGAGCUUGAAGAAGGAUAGCCGAGACAGCGGCACCAGGUUCUUCCUGACGGUGAAAGUGACCGCGACGGACGAGGGAGACGCUUCUCGCCUGGAGGUGUGCGAGCUGGAAGUGAACCAGACGAGCGACGUGACGCUGCGGUCGAGCGGGGCGUGCUUCCCGCCGGGGGACAAGCGCGACCGGCCCCUGUCGGAGGAGCACGUCCUGACCGAGGCUGGGAAGGUUGUUGCCCACCUGAACCGCGCGUCCCCGUCCGGCUUCCUCUACGGCCUCCUGGGAGUCGCCAAGGCCGAGCAGACGGUGACUCCAGGCUCGGAGGGUCUGCUCUCGACGUACGAGCUGCGUAUGGCGCCGUCAGUUUGCCUGAAGACGGGGCCAGAGGCCAGCGAGGGGGAGGACCGGCGGGAGUGCGUCGCAAGCGACCCCGGCACGGUGGUGACGUGCGUGGUGACGAGCUGGCAGCGCCCGUGGCUGGGGGACGUGCUGUACUCACGCUCGGACUGCCGGGUGGCUGGGGUCGACGGGGAGACCACCGAGGUGGAUGCCUCGCCCGCGGAAGCGACGACGGUAAGGGAGCCGGUGGCCGAGGCACUGUUGGUGAGGCAGCAGGACGAGGCGCCUGUGCCAGUGGUGGAGGAGCCAGUGAUGGCGAGACACGUGCCGUGCCUGGGCUGCGCUGAGGACCUGAGUCUCCACAACCCUGCCCUGGCGGAGUUCGUGGAGCAGGCGCUGGCGCACAUCGACAGCCACUCCAAGUCGGCGCAUGUGCACGCCGUGGCCAGGAUCACCAGGGCCCAGCGAGAGGUUGUAAAUGGCAUCAGAUAUAUUAUUCACAUGGAGGUGUUGGAGACUGUGUGUCUGAAAGGGUCGGACACUGUCGGGAAACUGUGUGAACCAAAGCCUGACUCGGACGUGCAAACUUGCGUGGUUGAGUUCAUGGAAAAGCCGUGGCUGAGCAGCAGGAAGCACAUCGAGAGCAACAACUGCACGGAAGAAGUCAACGACCUGGACAAUGAGAUUAUUCCCGAGUAUAUCAGUCGAGACAAUGCUGAGAAGCAGGAGAUCAUAGACUACUUUGACGCGCUUGACGACACGGAUUACAUGAAAGGCUUUGGCGACGUGAACGUCCGAUCCCAGCUCCAGGAGAACAGCCCACCUGAGCCGGCUGGGCAGACGGAGCCGCCAGCAAGCGAACACAGAUUGUACCUCACCAACGACGACAUUGACGCAGCGAGUCAAUCAGGGACCAAACCAGAACUGACGGACACAGACGUGUUGGGCUCGACGAAGAAGCAGCCCUCUGCUGCUGUGGGCAGCAGUGCUGCGAAACCAGACGAACUAUCCAGUGAGAGUGCUGAAAGCGAGGAACUGGCUUCCUCAGUGGCUAAAUAUCAGAACACUGAGCGCAUCACAGGGCAUGAUGACAGUGUGACUCUGUCCAAGGAUGGCAGAGGUGAGGAAUCUGACUCUGGAUCAGUAAGUAAUGGUGUGCAAGAUGACAAGGUUCAAGAUAGCAUGGAUCGUGAUAGGAGAAACGCUCAAACGGUUGGAGCCCUGAAAGAUUUUGACAAAUCAGAUGAAGAUCUCGUCAACGAACUUGGGCAGAUAGCUGUUGCCACACUGGAUGAGUUGGAUGAUGAUGACAAUAAACGAGUGGUUUUGGAGAUACUGGAUGCCAAAAAGCAGAUUGUAGAUGGAAUUCUGUACCACUUGACGAUCAGAGUUGGGUACACGCAAUGCAAGGAAGAUGCAUCUUCAGCACCAGACUGUGCCAAGGACGACAUUUCAUCCAGAAUAUGCAAAGUUCAACUUCACCGUGCUUUUGCUGGUGACGAAAAGCCUAAAGUAGUGCAGUCAGAGUGUGGUGGCAAUGUCGACGACUACCCCAUGGCCUCUCGCGCUCGUCGCUCCGUGGUGGGGGGCAGUCAGCCAGCCAGUGUGUCCGACCCAGAGAUCGUUAGGGUUGCUAGCACAGCUCUCUCGCACCUGAGCCAGUCCAGCACUGGCCUGUCCAAUCCACCGUGCAUUGAUACAAUACGCAGUGCCUCGAAACAGGUUGUUGCUGGCAUGUUAUACAAGAUUACAAUUGCACUUCGGGAGAGUACAUCUGGGACUCAGACUGCAUCGUCAUCUUGUCCACCAGAUAGCAGUUCAGACAUUAGAAUUUGUGAAUUACAAAUUUGGGAAAAACCGUGGAUGAAUUUCUUUCAAGUAACGAAUGCCUCCUGCAACGCUGAAUCAAGAACUCGCAGAGAAGUUCUUGUUGGUGGGCGCACACCAGCCAGCGUUGACGACUCGACUGUGCUGCGCCUCACAAACCUGGCCUUGGCCCAUCUCGCUCAGACGGAAGGCUCGCCAAACAAACCCGUAGUUCACAUUGAGAAGGCAGAGAAACAGGUUGUUGCUGGCAUUAAGUGGUACAUUACCUUUACAAUUGGAGAGCAAAAUGUGCCCUCGGAUAGGUGUGACAUUCAAGUGUUAGAGCAAGCUUGGCGAAACUACACCGAGAUACUAAGCUCUGUGUGCUCUCCAAUAAAUGCUUCACGCACAAAGCGCAGCGACAUCGGCAACUCUAUUCCCAUCCUGCUGUCACCCGACAGUGCAGAUGUUAAAGAAGCUGCAAAGUUCGCCCUGGCUCAGCUGGACCACACCACGACAUCACCCAAUGCCCAGUACUUGGUGCAGGUCAAGGAAGCACAUACACAGGUUGUGGAUGGAGAUCAGUUCUACUUCUUGCUGCUAGAAGUUGGCGAGAGCACGUGUCCCAAGAACGCCAAGUCAAUCCACAGCGCAUGCCAGCGGCUUGAGAACGUGCCGACGCAACACUGCCACGUGGACGUCCUGGCCCGGGAAACUCUCGGCUCCAAGCAGCUCAUCAACUCGGUGUGCGGGCCUGCUGACACAGUCUCCCAGCACGUCAAGGAUGCUCUGGCCAAUUCUGCUCAGCGUUUCAAGCGAAGCCCCUCCCUUUUGGUCGGUGCUCCGUUCGAGUCUCGACCAGAUGAUGACUACAUCCAAGAGCUGGCAAGUUUUGUCACGUCUGAACUGGACAGAACAUCUGGCUCUGAUUACGCAAUGAAGACGAUCCGUGUUGUGAGUGCCAAAACACAGAUUGUAUCAGGAAAGUUGGUGCACCUGAUACUAGAAGUUGGCUUCAGCAACUGCCUAAAGGAGUCAAAUAUAGUUCCUGAUCAGUGUGAGCUGAGAAACAUUUCUGACAUCCAGGUGUGCCAUGUGAACGUGUGGGAUCAGCCGUGGAAGAAACAUCGCGAAGUGAAGGAAGCUAGCUGUGAUACCCAGUAUUCGGUGCAUUCAGUAAAGAAGAGGUCUGCAUCGAGCCGCAAGAACCUUCUCGGGCAGUUUGAAAGCUUCAGGUUGCGCUUCAACAAGGUAUAUGGCUCGAAGGCGGAGUACAAGCGCAGGUACCACAUCUUCAAGGCCAACAUGAAGAAGGUUGAGCUGCUGCAGGAGACAGAGCGAGGCACGGCCAAGUACGGGGCGACCCAGUUCGCCGACCUCACAGCCAAGGAGUUUAAAGCUAAUUUUUUGGGAUUGAAUAGUAAGAAGAAACAUGAAAAUUUGCCAACACUACCAAUGGCAAGCAUCCCUGAUGUUGAGUUGCCUGUGGAUUUUGACUGGAGACACUACAAUGCUGUCACAUCUGUGAAAAAUCAGGGUUCCUGUGGUUCUUGCUGGGCAUUCUCAGUCACCGGAAAUGUAGAAGGACAGUGGGCUAUUCACAGAGGCAAGCUGCUGUCCCUGUCAGAGCAAGAGUUGUUGGACUGCGAUCAGAUGGAUGAUGGGUGCGGUGGUGGGGAGAUGGUGACGGCGUACAAGGCAGUGGAGAAUCUGGGCGGCCUGGAGACUGAGAACGAGUACCCGUACGAAGGGGAAAGGGAGAGCUGCCACUUCAACAACAGUGAGGUGCGGGCCACCAUCACGGGCGCCGUCAACAUCACCAAAAACGAGACUCAGAUGGCGCAGUGGCUGGUGAAGAAUGGCCCCAUCUCCAUCGGCAUCAAUGCCAACGCCAUGCAGUUCUACUUCGGAGGUGUGUCCCACCCGUGGAAGAUCCUGUGCAGCCCAGAUGACCUGGACCACGGUGUUCUCAUCGUCGGCUUCGGAGUGCACACGUAUCCACUCUUUCACAAAUCUCUUCCGUUUUGGAUAGUUAAGAACAGCUGGGGCCCAACCUGGGGUGAGCAGGGCUACUACAGGGUGUUCCGUGGCGAUGGUACAUGUGGCAUCAAUCAAAUGGCAACCUCUGCUAUCGUCGUGUGAAGUAUCAUUUUAAACACCGGCAGCUAAGUUUUAGUUCCAUGAUUACUGAGUAUAGCAAAUAAUUUUCCCUGCCUUUAUUACUGUGAUUUACUUUGUUGUAUAGCUUUAUGAUAUGUUUUAUUCUGCAUCUCUUUGUUGUGCAAGGCCUUUGGCCAGUUAUAGAAUACUGCAUGCUCAUUUGGUUAAUCAUACCAAGUGUAAAAUAUUAUUAAAAAAAUUAGUUUCACAUAACAGUAAUUUUUUUAGAAUUGAUAAUCUCCUAGAUUGGCGGCAUCUGUUCCUUGAAAUAAAUAAAAUAUUGGAAAUUUGUAUUUUUUAACACUAUGGAUAUGCCUUAAUUAUGCCCAAAAACAGAGUUUUCACAUUCCCUCUGGAUUCUGAGAAACUCGCCAGGAGUUAAGAGCCAUAGAGCCUAGAGAGUUUGUGGAAUUAAAGCCAUUAAAGAUAAAAUAUUAGUUAAAAUAUCAUUCCAAACACUGUAAAAAAAGAUAUUACAGCGAAUUUAAUAAUUCCGCAUCAAUAAUUACUCAUUUAAAACUUGCUGAACAACAUUAUUUCCGAAACUUGUACACUGUUGACCACCACCAAGUUUCCUAAAAUAUCAUACCAUGAACUACACACAAUUUAGUGUUCGAACAUAUUUCACUAGUGUCUCAUGGAACAUUAGUGAAAAAAAUUGCAUGGACAUGUGUUUCAGCAGUGAGAAAAAAAAACUUCUAAGACCAUGAGCUACACUUUGUAAUGGCCACUUACUAAAAGAAGUAAAAGCAAUAUUUACAAUUACAAUGGUGUGUAAAUCAAUUUUCCGAUCCAUUUACAACCACGCAACACAGUAGCAGCUUACUUGCUAUAUUUAACUAUGAUCAAACAAGACUUGCAAUCCAAAACAAAAUAAACAAACUUAAAUUAUGGUUUCGGAUUCCAAAGGAAGUUGACAAAAAUCUGUUCUUAAUAUUACUGAACUCAAAUACAGGUUACCUGGCUGCCAUUCUGCAUAUAGUGCUACCACCAAUUACACAUCUUUUUCAUGUUUCUAUACUUACUUGUAGGUAAAUUUCUUUUCUUGCUAUAAGUAUGCACUGGUUCAACCAAUUGCAACAUUUUUGGAUCUUGCAUUCUGCCUGCCUUUUCCAACCCACUCGAACAUAUUAUACACCAACAACUCAUUACGUUAAUACAUAAUAACAACCUACUUGAUAAUUAUCAAUCUGGAUUUUGACCUGAACAUAGCAGUCUAAACAUAACUGAAAAAGUAUGUACAGCUAUGGACAAAAAAACCAUGUGAUUUUACUGGCACUAAUUUAUUUCAGUGAAUUAUUUGACACAGUUGACCACAAUAUCCUAUUACUAUUAACAAAAAUGUGUAGCCUUUUUAAUAUUUCAUUGAGUGCAUGCAUACAUAGCAGUGCAUCAUGAUAGAUGAUCGCCGAUGAACGUAGAAAGCUUUUAAAGUGGGUGUUCCUCAAGGGCCCUUUCUAUGUCCUUUGCCUUUUUUCCAUUUUCAUUGACAUGGCAAACCAAAUAACUCACCCCAAAUACCACCUUUAUGCAGAUGACUUAAGUCAUGGAUGCUGACAAAAACUGAAUUUUAUCUAUGAUUCAGGAAUUGAAUAGUGAUCUUAUAGCAAUUAAAAUGUGGUCUAAUAAAAAUGCCAGUAUUUAUCUAGUAAAAAUGCAAAGCAUUGUAAUUUGUUCUCCGGUUCUCCGCCUCUCAUCAAGUGUUUUAAGCAUCACUUUAGGAAACACAAAAAUUGAGCUUUUUAAGUUCUGUAAAGAACUUGGGCAUUAUUAUGGAUGAACAUCUGCCCUGGGCGGUGAUUGUGACCCAUGUUGUAAAAAAACAUAUUCUCUGCUUCACUAUCUUAAUCAUCUAAAGAAUUUCCUGUCAAUGCGUGUGAAAGCUUCACUAGUUCUGUCAUUAAUUUUGCCUCAUCUUGAUUACUGUGACAUAGUACACAAUGACAUAGCAGACUACCUUGGAAUAGACUGCUAAAAAUUUGCUUUAUUUAUAAUCUUAAAUAACGUGAUCACGUGAACUCUUACUAUAAAAAAACUAGGCUGGCUUAAACUUCGUUAAAUGCCCUACUUACCUAUACUACAUGUAUACUUAAAGCAAAUACUCAUGAAUAUUUAUCCUGGCAAUUUACGUUAUUAAGCUUGCUUCACAGUCUUGGGACCCAAUCAAAAUCAAAUAGUAGUGAUUUUUUAAUACCCAACCUCAACCAGGGUGCUCGACACCAACGGUCUACCAAGUUAUUUAAAAAAUUCUUCCUUAAACAUUGACUCUAUAUAAGUUAUUUUGUCACUUCAUCAUUUAUACAUUAUAUACAUAAUAAUGUACUUUUUUUUUUACUAUUAUUAAUAACGGUUUGGAUUUCGCAAUUUGCAAAAAUUUACUUCACCAAUAUGUAGAGUGGCAUCUUCUGGAAGAUAAUGCAAAUAACGGAAAUUAAAGGUUGGUUAGGUUAUGUUAGCUGCAUAAAAUCACAAUUUUUGUUUUUGAAAAUUCUGCUAUGCUACUGCUCGUAACGAAUUCAGUUUGAUGGUUCUUGCCCACAUCACAAACUGUUUGCCACUAUCCGAUAAAAAAAUGUAGUUCUUAAAUUGCAAACACUACAAAUAUGCAAUAAUAUACUACUUGUAAUAAUUUUAAACUAAUUCAAAUGCAAAUUGUGCAACAUUACAGUUGCAAUCAAUUAAAUAUUUGUGAAAUAACAUGUAAAACUGCUUCCAUAAAUUAUAAAUCACCACACUUGACACAAUAACUACCAAAACAAUAAAACACACACAGUUGACAUGGCAUUAAUGAAGUACUUACAUAUAUACAUCACUUAACAGUAAAUCUUUAAGCCUGGUUUAUAAACUAUGCUAGAUGCAAAAUGUGCAUCAAUCCAUCAUGCAAGGAACAAUAACACAACAGAAGUAUUGUUUGACUUCCAACUUUCUUGCCUUUUUAGCUUGCGUUUCUGAAGGUCAUAUUUGAAGAGAAGUAUUCAGGAAACUUUUAAUCACACAGACUAUAUGUGCACAGAAGCCCACGGUGUUAUUUUUGUUAUAUAAAUAUUGUUAACACUAGUAAAAGUUUCACAUAUGGAAAGAAAAUAACACUUUUAAGUUAGAUUAUCAGGGGUUUUUUUUCUUCAUAUUUUACAAUUUUAAGUUACUGGGUUGGUGAUGUCUUGUGACUUGCGAGCUAUAUAAAUAACUGUGAUUUUUUUGCAUUUGUUGUGUGUCGUGUUGGUGCUUUCCUUGAGUUAUUCACAAACCCCACCUUAUCAGGUAAUUAAUCUUGCACUCCUGUCUCGAUACAUCCACCACAAUGGUUAGUUGAACUGAAAUGUAACGAAACUUCAAAUAUUUUUUUAUGCAGAAGCCGCUUAUCUAGAUAAUUAUCAAAACUGCAAAUAUUUAGUCAAAACUCCUAUAGAUUUAAGUAUAGAUGUUACCAGUUGCAUGUACAACAAUUUUGUACAGUAUUUUAUUUUAUAACUGUUAUUUACAUAGCCUACUUUGAUUGGAAUUUUAAUCAAAAUAUGUUUGGGUAGUAUCUUUAUUGUGAUUUGCUGUUUGUAUCAAUAAAUAUCAAUGCAAUAAAAUAACUGUUAAGCAGUCAUAUUUACUGUGAUGUCAAAAAUGUCACCAUUACAAGGCUUAUUUCCUUGGCAUUUGUUCUUAGAUCUGUUACAAUUAUCAUGCUGUAGAUAAUGUACAAAUAGUAGCAUUACUAUUCAUUUAAUUUUUUUUUAACCAGUAAAAUUAUGUGCAUUUUACAUAUAUAUAGUCUUUAUUUUCCUAAUGAGAUUACGUAGUGCAGUUAAAUGUGAAAAUGUGAUUGUCUUCUAUUUUUAUGUCGUGGCUUAUAAGCUUUAUAGUUUCAGAUCUUAUAUAACUUGACUACUUAAUUAGAUAUAUAGUACUACAAUUAAGAUUUCCUUUGGCAUUGCAUUUUGUAGAACUUAAAGUGCUGUUACUACUUAGGUGAAGUGUACUGAAAUGUGAUAUGACAGGUUUUCAGAUAUAGCUAAAACUGUGAGUGAAUCUCAAAUUGUUUUAUAACUAGAGUAGCUAAAAGUUAAGACAACAGUGAUAGGUUUGAUGGCUGUUUCUCCACAGUUUGUGUUAAUUGGUGUUCUCUUGUGGAUGUGCCAAAGUACUUUUCCGUACAUUGACUAAAAAGUAAUUUUAAAAUUAAAUUAAGCAUUGUAAAGAUAUGAUUACUUAAAUGCUAAACAUUAAAAUUGCAUUAAAUUGUGAUAUUUUAAAUUUUUCAACCAUAUGAAAAAUAAAAAUUUAUGAAACUCUUUUUUAAUACCUUUACAGUGAAUUUCAUCUAUUGUAAUAAUUGUUUUUAAUAAAAUCAUCAUUACUUCUUACCUA